CGUGCUUUUCUUUUUGGUGGAAUCACGAAUGACAGCGAGGACCCGAAAAAUAACAUUCCAAGGUAUCUUAACGACUUAUAUACGCUAGAGCUUCGGCCUAAUUCCUCAGCAAUGUGUUGGGAUAUUCCAAUUACCUAUGGACAGCCACCUUCGCCUCGGGAAUCUCAUACCGCAGUCGCAUAUCAAGUCAUGGAUGGGUUGAUUAAAAAGUGGCGCCUAUUGGUAUAUGGUGGCAUGACGGGUUGUCGCCUUGGUGAUCUUUGGCAACUCGAAAUCGAUACAAUGACGUGGACAAAACCCACCGUUUCGGGAGAUCUUCCCGCUCCUCGCAGUCUGCAUAGUGCUACGGUGAUUGGCAACCGUAUGUUUGUGUUCGGUGGAUGGGUACCUUUGGUCAUGGAUGAUAUGAAAACAACAGUCGAAAAAGAAUGGAAGUGUACGAACACUCUUGCUAGCCUCAAUCUCGACACAAUGUCGUGGGAACCGAUCCAAAUGGAAAUCUUCGAUGAUAGUCUUGUACCACGUGCGCGAGCAGGCCAUUGUGCAGUUGCCGUCAGCACACGUCUUUAUAUAUGGUCUGGUCGUGACGGUUAUAGGAAAGCCUGGAACAAUCAGGUGUGCUUUAAGGAUUUAUGGUUUCUGGAGACUGAUAAACCGCCUGCUCCGAGCCGGGUUCAGCUUGUCCGAGCCGGCACACAGAGUCUUGAUGUCACAUGGGGUUCCGUGCCAACAGCUGAUGCUUACAUACUUCAAAUUCAGAAAUAUGAUGUCUCAACAUCCUCAUCUGCUCAAAGUCCUCCGGUGGGUUCUCGAUUGAAUCCUACUCUUGCACUUGAUGCUCCUCAAGCCAAGUCUCCAGUCGGUGGACUUACUUCGUCCGCUGCACCAGGUCAAGUAGGUAUACUUCGUCACGCCUUGCAGCGUUUUACGGCCCCAUCGACUGCCACUGUUAGUGCCGCUUCCUUGCAAGCUUUGGCAAACGUAGCUACGGCUACGCCUGUCCGCACAAUUUCAGCGGUGGCCAGCCCUCAAUCUACAUCCGUCGUCGGAGUUGCUGCUAGCCCACGGGUCCCUACCGUCGUUACGCCCACGGGGCUCAAAAUUACUCCCGUUCCCACCAGUGCGGUCACUGGUCGUGCGGCGAUCCUUGUUGCAGCUCAGUCACAACCACAACAUCCUCAGGCAACAGGUUUAAUUCGAGCGGCAAAUGUGGUUACGGCUCAAACAAAACCACAGGUAAUCUGUCUUUUAAUCGAUAACCUAACUCCCCAACAUUAUUUCGUUGCCGAAAAUCCGUUUAGAUAUUUACACGUUGUUGUUCUUCAGAUACUUGCAGCGGGUACCGCAAAGCAGAUUGUCACGCCCAGCGCUAGUGCUCCGAGUGGUAUUACUGUGAGUUCUGUGACAUCCAGUGCCACAGCCGGUGGCUCGGGAUCGACCGGUUCUGUUGUUCAUCUUGUUAAGACUCCAACGGGCUUGAUUCGACCCAUAAAAUUUUUGUCUCCUGCUAAUGCCGUUGGAUCACAGCAGCAUAUUAAUGUUUCGUCGAAGACUAUUUCCAUCCAUACACCGCAAGGUAGCAACCCAAAAGUAAUUAAGGCAUUCCCUGCAAACGUAAUUCCAAAAUCUGGUACCGGCAAGCCAAUUUUCAUCACGAGUGGAGCAGCAGCACGUCCAGUUACACCAGCAGCAGAUAACGCCCCGAACAAUUCUGUUUCUAGGCAACCUCAGGUGGUCAUUGUUGGAUCGUCUGCCCGGCCCGUAACCAACACUUUGGGUUCUGCAAUGUCUGGCAAUGACCAAGAUGGGGGACAGUUGGAUUCAAGCAAAACCCUUGCUCCCACUCUACCUCAGCUUGACGGAACGGUGGAUGAGGCAGACAAUGGGUCGGAUUCUGCUGAAGGCUAUGAAGCGGAACAACUUGCAGGUCACGCUGAGGAGAAUGAAAAUAUUCAGACGACAGAUUCAGCUGCAAAGAAAUGCGACUUGACUAGCGUAGCUGAUGUGAGUGCUUUGGUGGAUAACAUGGCAGCCGAAGCAGCUGCCGAGUUAUUAGCAGAUGUUGAAAACACUUCCGAUGUGCCCACCUCCACUCCAGAUGGAGAUAAUAGCAAACUUCCCGUCACCGUUACCAACAUUGGAAACGUCUCCGAGGCACCUGGUGCUACUUCAGAAUCCCAUCCUCAUGUGGGUGGUGACAGCGGGAGCAACAAAAUUGAAGCAAAGGCUAGCGACCCGCUCGUGACUCUAGCGUCUGUUGCGACUAAACGUGGAGAUAACACCGAAGAGGACGAGAGUCAGGCAGAUGUGGAAUCUCUACUUGAAAAUUCAAAAAGGCUUAAGCAGCAGCCGACGCGCUCGGUUCCUCUUACCAUGGCAGUCUCGACGCCUUCCUCGAAAGUGACUUUAGCGCCUCGAAUAUUAACACCUUCGGUUACUUCUGCAGUGGGCGCAGGAGGAAAUCAGCUUAUUCAAACAAAUACACCAGGCGGUGGGAUGCUGACAGCCCGUAGCGACAGUGCGUGGCACGAUGUUGGCGUUAUCAAGCAACCAAAGUUCUCGGUCUCAAUGUACUCAGCGCAUACGAACGAUGCUGGAAUCAGCGUUGAGGCUCUUGAUGCUCUCCAAGGUCCCAAUGGGAUUGGUCCUAACGGCGUUCCUCCACAGGGGCCAAAAAUCGCUCUCACACCGGGCACAGCCUACAAGUUCCGUGUUGCUGGACUGAAUGCUUGUGGGCGAGGUCCCUGGUCUGAAAUAUCUGCUUUUAAAACCUGUUUACCAGGUUUUCCAGGUGCCCCAAGUGCCAUAAAGAUCACAACAAAUGAACAGGGUGCCCAGCUAACGUGGGAACCGCCACAAAAUACAGCUGGUCGCAUAAUCGAAUAUUCUGUUUAUCUGGCUGUACGAUCACAAUCAGGAGCCGGGAAGGAAUCGCAAGAAGCAAAAAUGGGAGCGAUGCCUUCUGGUAUGGCAUUCGUUCGUGUUUACGCUGGCCCUCAGCCAAGUGCUCUAGUCAUGCAUACGGUUCUUGCUAAGGCUCAUUUGGACGUGAGUUCCAAACCUGCUGUAAUCUUUCGUAUUGCCGCAUGUAACGAAAAGGGUUACGGCCCAGCGACACAAGUGCGUUGGCUUCAAGAGUCUCAUAGCUUUGGACAAGGACUGCCAACACCUGGUAGCGCGUCAGUUGAUGCGGCUCCAGGUGGGUCUUCUCCAACCUCUGGGAGCUUGAAGAAAACUCCGCCUUUGGAGGGGCCCCAGCCCUCCGGAUCUACUGAAGGAACCUAUAUAUCUCCUGUGAAGCGCAUCAAGAAGCAAGAUGACCAACCCUAA